CCUGCCAAAUAACGAUGCUGGGAAAUUAUUACUUUGCAAUCGUAGGUCACUACGAUAAUCCAGUCUUCGAAAUGGAGUUCAAUCCGCCCAUGAAAACUAUGGAUUCGUCACAAAGUCGCGACCAAAGCUACAAGGUACGUUUAAGACUUGGCAAUCGAAAAUCAAUUUCAACUAAUUUCUUACACACCCACUUACUUACCACCCUAGCGGUUUAGCGUGAUAAUAAAGGGUACUUCUAGACAAGACACUCACACUUUCUUUCUCUGUGUAAGCUUAGAUAAUAAUAAUAAUACAUAGAUGGAACUAUUUAUUUGGUUUAUAUAGAAUUGGUAUUAAAAAUCCUGUUUCUUUUCCUUAGUAUAAAAAUUGAUGAAUAUCCUUUUUAAAAAAUCUUCAGAGAGAUGACCACAGACACCUUAAUCAAUUUAUUGCACAUGCUGCUCUAGAUCUUGUUGAUGAAACCAUGUGGACAACAACUGGCAUGUAAGUUUGAUUUCUUAUGGUCAUAGCCUGAGAAAACAGCCAACAUUUCACGACGCCACCUCUGGUUUGCCCACGAAAUGACGUCUGAGAAACAAGCGCAGAAAUUCCAUACUGAUGACGCAUUUCUCCCCAGAUAUGGGUAGUGCUUCUGAUUGGUUGUGCAGCGUGUGAAAUUUGCUUUAACCAAUCAGACGCACUUCCCAGAUUUGAGUAGUGACAUGUCAUCAGUAUGGAAUUUCUGUGCUGUUUCUCAGACGUCAUUUUGUGGGGGAACCAAGGGUGGCAUGGUAAAAUGUCACUGUUUUCUCAGGCUAUUAUGGCCAAAGCUUGACCAUGCUAGCUUGUGCACAUUAAAAUUAAUAUGGCUCUGUUGUGCUCAAAACAUGAUUUUUUUUUUAUUUCAAGCAUGCAGGAAGGAAACACUUUGCUGAUUAACAUCAGAUGUUAGGAUGGGAAAUCAAUAGUUUUUUGACAAAGUACUAUUGCAAAAGUUUCUCGGACAUGAUAAGUUUUGUUUUCUUGAGUUGUUUUCCUCUAACUUUCCAUCAUCACAGCUCUGGUUCUUACAAGACUGACCCAACCACACUGUUUACAGUGUAUUUUGAUGUGCAAAAUUUAAAAAAACCUCUUGAAAACCCCUUCAAAUCUUUGGAAGAAAAGGAGGGGUACCAGUGUUCUCCCCAAAUUUGAGCUCAGCAGGUAAGGGAGCAUUCAUGGCCCUUAGGCAAUGAAAAUGCCCCAGAGGUGCACUUUCCUGGGGAGGGAGGGGGGUAAUGGAGUGAGAGACUUGGUCCCAACCCUAGGAGGAGCUAAGUUCUUUGAAAUGUCAUUCCCUCAUUUUAAGACCUCUUUUAUGCAAAUCAGCCAUUGUUAUCUUUAGACAACAAUUUAAAACAUUUCAUCCCAAUAAUUUUACUCUGUUUUCAAUGUUGUCUUUCCAAAAUAUGGGCCCAUAUUAGAAAAGCUGUGUAUACUUCAGUACUUUUCCAUAUAUUCAUUCAUUUCCUUGACUGGAUCAGAUCACAACUUGCAUAUCUUUUAAAAACUACUUAUUUAAUUUUAGUAAGCCUUCAAGCAGUUGUAGGUGGUAAGAAGUGAUGCUCCAGAUGGUAAAUUGUACCUGUUACUGCCUGAUAAGGAGAACACUGGGGUAGGGAUAAAGAAAAACUCACAUUCUUGAUGAUCUGGUAGUCAUUUUCCUUAAAUUCUUAGUUGCCAGGCCAAAAUAACUACAUGGCCUUUGACAUCCUGUGUAAUAUCCCAAAAUUGUUGUUGAACUGAUGAGACAUUUUAAAUUGGAGCUAUAGAACCCCGGGUGAGUCUUAAAGGGACUUUAAAAACAACAACAAAAUUACAUUCAGUGUGGAUUGCGUUUCCUCACCUCCAACCAAAUUUCACUAACAGAAAUGCCUGCUCUGUUUUAACAGGUAUCUAAAACAUGUUGACAAGUUCAAUGAGUGGUUUGUCUCUGCUUUUGUUACAGCCUCAGAUAUCCUUUUUCAAAUACUAUUAAUGCUUUUUUGUGACUAUUGUUUGUUGAAAUUGCAUUGAGUGGUAUUUUCUUAACUGAAUUCAAGAAAGAGAUUUGUGAUGCUACAUGAUGCUAGAAAUGAUGAUGGGAUUAAAAAUUUCUUUACUGAUGUUUAUGAGACAUAUAUCAAGGUAAAAAUCAAGAGCAAUGUCAUUUUUAAGCUAGGGUCAAUUCAUCUUCCCUUUGUACAAGUGUAGUUAUUGCUCUCAAACUCUUGAACGUACCCUGUCCAGCGGCGCAUCCCCGUAUAGGCCAUACAAGGGACUACCUCCCCCCCUGGGGUCAAGGGUGGUUUCCGCAAUGAUGAGAGAUGUCAGCACUUUGUUCUCACCGCUGUAGUUCAUUCUAAAUGUAUCUGAAUUGAUGAAAUAAAGUCAAGUUGAAUUGAUUCCUAAUAGGAUCUUUAUCUCGAUCAUUUAAACUCCUUAAGUCUUUGAUAAAAUGGACAUCGUGUUAUCUUCUGCCAGAAACUAUUCUGAUGCUGUAGUUUUUUUACAUGAUGGCUCACCCAUUUGGUUUCUCUACUCCAACGCAGUUUGUUUCUGUUUAUAUUGCAGGUUUUAAUGAAUCCAUUUUAUGAUAUGAACAGCAAGAUUGAGUCUCCAAACUUUGAAAGAAAAGUCCUCGUGGCAGCAAAGAAGCAUCUCUCUGCUUAAUACUUUCAGAAGUAGUUUUUGGACUCUCCUUCUUUUCUGAGAACACUGUACAGAUAUGUCAUCAUGUAAAAAUAAAUCCUAAGUUGUGUCUUUAAA